AUGCCUCCCCGCCGUGCUCACCACCUACUUCAGCUUCCAUGCCCGGCUCCAGGCUGCGCACGCUGGUUUCGAAACCAAUCAGGUCUCACUCAACACAGGCGUUCACUCCACCCAAAUAUACCUGCUCCAGGACCUCCUCAACCAUCCCGGUCACCAUCCCACCCUCGAGAUUUCUCACCACCACCUCCGGAUUUCUCACCGCCUCCUCGGGAUUUCUCACAACCUCCCCAGCCAUCACCUCCUAUGCCCUCUGAACCAACUCAUGAGGAUUCGGACAACGCUGACGCAGAAUUUACCGAUUCAAGACGACCAUGCACGGCUGAUGGAGAAUUUCUGCCACAUGGCGCCCCUCCAACUCCCAUGCCACAAAAGGCUCCUGACGACUGGAGCCCAUAUCGCAAUAGAAUAGAAUUUGAGGCGGCUGAGUUUGCGUUCAAAAAAUGCCAUAUGUCUGCCAAAAACCUGGAUUUCUUAUGUGAUUUAAUGGCCGCAACUCUCGUGAAACACCGCGAUGUCCCUCCAUUCGCCGAUCAUAAAGAUCUCCACAAUGUCAUAGAUGCGACACAGCUUGGUGAUGUCCCCUGGCAAUCUUUCUCGGUUCAGUACACAGGAGAACGCCCUGAGGUUGUCCUGCCAUGGAUGGAUGAUGAAUUUGAUGUCUGGUAUAGGGACCCUCGCGCGAUGGCGCACAACAUACUAGCCAACCCCACCUUCAAAGAUGAAAUCGACUAUACGCCAUUUCGUGAAUACGAUGCAUCGGACAAGACGCGCCGUUGGAAAGACUUCAUGUCUGGAGACUGGGCAUGGAAACAAUCAGACAUCAUAUCAAAAGAUCCAGAGACGCAUGGAUCUGCGUUAGUCCCAAUCAUUCUCGGUAGUGAUAAGACUACCGUUUCUGUGGGCACUGGUAACAACGAGUACUAUCCCCUCUAUGCCUCGAUCGGCAAUGUACGCAACAGUGUACGGCGUGCUCACCGCGAUGCUCUUGUCAUAAUCGGUUUCCUCGCCAUACCCAAAACUGACAAGAAGCAUUCAAAAGAUGAUGCGUUUCGGAUAUUUCGUCGCCAGCUAUUCCACAGCUCGCUAUCUGCCAUUCUCUCUAGCUUGAAAUCCGCAAUGACCGAAUACGAAGUUGUGCGCUGUGGAGAUGGACAUUUUCGGCGCAUUAUAUACAGUCUAGGACCCUACAUCGCGGAUUACGAGGAACAACUAGUGCUAUCCUGUAUUGUUAAGCAUUGGUGCCCGAAAUGUAUUGCAGUUCGAACGAACCUCGACAAUGGUGGCAUGGAUCGCUGUCGUGAGCACACUGAGUUCCUUAUUGGUGAGCUACAUGGGGAUGUAUUAUGGGAUGAAUUCGGUAUCAUUGGUGAUCUCGUUCCCUUUACGAACGACUUCCCCCGAGCAGAUAUCCACGAGUUACUGUCAUUCGACCUCCUCCAUCAGCUCAUCAAAGGUGCUUUCAAAGACCAUCUCGUCGACUGGGUAGCAAAGUACCUCAAGGCUGUGCACGGGACCAGGCGGGCGGAGGAGAUUAUGAGCGACAUAGAUCGCAGAGUCGCUGCUGCACCAUCAUUUUCUGGUCUACGACGAUUUCCUCAAGGCCGCGACUUCAAACAGUGGACGGGUGAUGAUUCGAAAGCGCUCAUGAAGGUCUUUCUUCCAGCUAUUGAAGGCCAUGUGCCUGGAGAUAUGGUUCGCGCAUUUCGCGCAUUGUUAGAAUUUUGUUAUCUUGCGCGGCGCGAUGUUGUCACCGAAGAUACCCUGAACCAGAUGCAAGAUGCACUUCACCGGUUCCAUCGCUAUCGCCAGAUAUUUGAUCUCGUUGUUCCUACCUUCUCACUCCCUCGCCAGCACUCAAUGAUUCAUUAUACGGACAUGAUUCGACUUUUCGGUGCCCCGAACGGACUAUGCUCGUCAAUCACAGAAUCAAAACAUAUCAAGGCUGUAAAGGAGCCUUGGCGUUGGUCAAGCAGGCAUAAUGCUCUUGGUCAGAUGCUUGUAACCAAUCAACGCCUUGACAAGCUUGCAGCAUCCCGCGCUGUCCCUCCUAUUGCACCACAGCCAGAUGCCCAUGCCAUUGAACCGCAACCAGACAUCGAUAUCGAUGACGGUGAGGUAGUUGAUGGUCCAACAGUACUUGGUUAUGUAGUGCUUGCCAAAACUCCUCAACGAAAACGGGCGCGAACAGUAGCGGCGUUAGCACACGAAGUUGCUGUUCCAGAUCUGCGACGCCUCAUUCGACACUUUUUGUUCACUCAGCUCAACCAAGAUGAUCCCUGCGAUCCUGCAGAUGUCCCAACUGGUAGCUUGCCUCGGCAUGAAGGCAAGCUCCAGGUCUUCAAUUCUGCUGCCGCAACCUUCUUUGCUCCCAGCAAUCUGAGUGGUACUGGUGGCAUGCGACGGGAACAUAUCCGUGCAUGUCCACUCUGGAGAAACGAGUACCCGCGCAAUGACUGUGUGUUCAUCGACACUGAUUCGGACGCUCAAGGCAUGCGAGGACUCGAAGUUGCGAGAAUUGUAUGCUUCUUUUCUUUCAAGCACAACUGGGAAUUUGAGAAGAUUGAUGAUUGUGCUGACGAAGACACUGGCAUGUGGAUGGUCCGUCCCAGUUUCCACGAGGGUGGUUCCCGGAACCUUGCUGUUAUUCAUAUCGAGAUGGUGUUCCGUGCAGCACACCUGAUACCUAUGUACGGUUCGGAGUACAUCCCUCACGACCUUAAGUUCUACCAUUCCAUUGAUUGUUUCCGCUCAUUUUAUGUCAACAAGUUCGCUGAUCAUCAUGCGUUCGAGAUAGCCUCCUGA